UCGUAUGCGUACGACGCGGACGCUUUCGACCAGGACAGCACGCCACCUACUCCCAGGAGCAGCAGAGGCAGUACUGUAAGAAGGCAUGGUCGACGUCUCGCCUCUGACUGGGAUCUGAAGAGCCGGCUGCCCUCACGCCUGAUUCUCGAUGACCACGCUUCCCUUCUCGACAACCCUGAUGGCCGCCCAUCAUAUCGUGCCAUUGCUUCAGCGCCGCAGUCUCCAAAGAAGACUUUCCGAAGAAGGAACAGCGCUCCAAGCGCUGACAGGCGCCCAGGACCCUUCAGCAGAACGCUCAGCUCCCGGGUCGCAAAAGCCUUUGGCGCUGAAGCGAAUCACGAAGAAGACGACGAGAAUGACGACCAACAAAAGCUAUCCGAAUCCAUCUAUUACGACGACCGCGUCUGGUACGAUCAAUACACGAGUACCGAUUGGGUCCAAGACAGCAUAAGCGAUGCCUUCCGCUUGAAAGAGUUGCGUAGCCGGAAAGGCUUCAGGGGGAGAACAGAAGCUCUUUUUGAUUCUGCUCAAGGUUGGAUACUGGUCGCUGUCAUCGGGUGCGUCACUGCAGGCAUCGCAUACAUUGUCGACGUGUCCGAGUCUUUCAUAUUCGACUUGAAGACAGGCUAUUGCUCCACUACAUGGUACUAUGGNAAAAGAAGUUGCUGUGGAGGCGCCAGUACCUGCGACCAAUGGUCUCGAUGGUCGCUGCAUCUGACUCCUGGCCCUGACGAGAACGGCUGGUUCGACUAUGCCGCUUUUGUCUUCUGGGUGAUAGCUCUGUCUCUGGCAGCGUGUCUGGUCACUCUACAGACAAAAACCGUCGUCAGCUCGGCCGUCAGUCUAUCCACACUUGACGAGAACCUUGCUGCGCCUGCGCACGCCCCGACCACCGCCGAAGCUAGAAAGGACAGCUCAGGAAGUCCCACACGACGCUUCGCCCAAGCUGCUCAACGUCCUCCUAUGAUAUACUACCCCGCUGCCGGAAGUGGUGUCGCAGAGGUCAAGGUCAUUCUGAGUGGGUUCAUCAUCCGAGGAUACCUCGGUCUUCGGACUCUUAUGUUCAAGACCUUGGGUUUGAUCCUCAGUGAGGGGCCAUUUGUCCACAUUGCAACCUGCGUUGGCAACGUUGCAUGCCGUAUGUUCGAAAAGUAUCAUGUCAAUGACGCCAAAAGACGAGAGAUUCUCAGUGCGAGCGCUGCAAGUGGUGUGGCAGUGGCAUUUGGCUCUCCAAUUGGAGGUGUUCUUUUCAGCCUGGAGGAAGUUAGCUACUACUUCCCGCCAAAGACUCUGUUCCGAACCUUCUUCUGCUGCAUUGCUGCAGCAUUGUCUUUGAAAUUUCUCAAUCCUUAUGGAACCAACAAGAUUGUGCUCUUUGAGGUUCGUUACUUGACAGAUUGGCAAUUCUUUGAGAUGAUCAUAUUCAUACUUUUGGGUGUCCUGGGUGGUAUUCUGGGAGCACUCUUCAUCAAGGCAUCGCGUCUCUGGGCAACAACUUUCCGACGCAUUCCGAGCAUCAAAAAGUACCCGGUCCUCGAGGUCUUCUUAGUGGCUUUGAUAACUGGACUCGUCAGCUUCUGGAACAGAUAUACCAGGAUUCCUGUCUCAGAGCUGUUGUUCGAACUGGCCAGCCCUUGCAACUCUUUCAGUUCGUCUGGUUACGGUCUUUGUCCUACUGAAGAGAACAUCCCCAACGUUAUCGGAUAUCUGUGUAUUGCGUUUGUGGUCAAGUCUGCGCUCACGGUGGUGACGUUCGGUAUCAAACUGCCUGCAGGCAUCUAUGUGCCUUCGAUGGUGGUCGGUGGUCUCCUUGGACGCAUUGUUGGCCAUACGGUGCAGUUCAUCACAUUGAAGUACCCACAGCUGGAGAUAUUCGGAAACUGUCCGGUCAAUGGGAAUCCAGAGUCGUGUGUCGUACCAGGUGUAUAUGCGCUUGUGGCAGCCGGAGCCACCAUGACGGGUGUAACGAGACUGUCGGUCACUCUUGCUGUCAUCUUGUUCGAACUCACUGGCUCUCUGGAGCAUGUUCUCCCAUUCUCAAUUGGCGUCUUGGUGUCGAAAUGGACGGCCGAUGCUCUAGAGCCACUUAGCAUUUACGUAAGUCACCUGUUCUACUCCAACAACACCCACCAAACGACUCAAACUAACACGCUGGACUACAGNGACCUGCUCACCGACAUGAACUCAUACCCUUACCUCGACGCAAAAUCUCACCCACCCUUCCUCGGCGACCUCGGCGACAUCACCCACGCCCCAAACCCCAAACGCCUCAUCGACAUUUCCUCGUCGCCGUUCGUGCCCGCACACCAACUACGCAGUAAACUCGAGUACAUGCACAUGGCCGGCGAACUCGACGGCGGCCUCCCUCUCCUCCGCCACGGCAUCCUCGUCGGCAUAAUCCCCGGCCCAGACCUCGAAUUCGCUCUCGAUCAUCUCGACACCGAUGGCCCGGAGCAGCAAGAUUUACUGUGUUAUCUGGGUCGCCCUGCUUGUUGCUCUGCCUCUGCGUCGGAGGAAUCGCUGCAUCUUCUCGAGUCUUCUGCUGCAGAUAUCGGUAGAGGGUUUCAUGACAACGAGGUUGAUCUUUCCUCUUGUGUGGAUCCUUCCCCUAUGGCGUUGGAUAUCAGGUCUCCGCUUGAAUUGGUCUUUGAGUUGUUUUCGAAGCUGGGAUUGAGGUAUUUGUGUGUUUUGGACGGGGGCAAGUUUGCGGGCUUGGUGCAUAAAAAGGCAUUUGUGCGCUAUGUCAAGGAAUUGGAACAUCAAGAGAGGAAAGGAGGGCAU